AUGGUGUCUGACCAAGCAUCACUAGCUAGCCACACCUUGGCAACCACCCAAAAUGUUUUGACCAAUCACAUCUCAGAUACAACAAAAGCACUGGUAACUAAUCAAAUAUCACAAGGUAGCCAAAACAUUCCAAGUAGCCAAAAAUCAAGCCAGGCAGUGCCAACGAGUCCAACUACUAUAAUAGCCAGUCAAACUUCUGUUGAAAGCCAAACAAUUGUAUCUAAACCAGCAGUGGUCCUUGAAUCCCCACGCUGCUUGUCCCUAGAUACUACUCUUCCUUUCUGCUCUUCCAUGGGCAGGAGAAGUUUUGCUGUGCCCAAUUACCUCAACCAGACUAGUAUAGAAGAAGUCCAGGCACACUUGAAUGAGUGGGCAUGGCUCUUGAGGUCACGUUGCCACCAUAGUUUGGAAUGGUUUUUCUGCUUGCUCCUGGUGCCAAAGUGCAGCCCUCCAGGCCUGCCUCCAGCUAUCCCUUGCCGGAGCUUCUGCGAAGUCUUGCGGGACAGUUGCUGGACACUCCUGAAUGAGGGCCACCUCCCUGUGGAGUGCCACACUCUGCCAGACGAGAAGGAUGAUGGGUAUCAGUGCUUGUCUGUUAGUAACCAGAAAGCUGAGAAUGGAGUCUCCCUACUGCAGCUGAUUGGGGAUCCUCCCCCAGAUGAGAUCACCCAGGUCUUUGGACCUGAUAACAGCCCUGGCUAUGUCUUCGGUCCCGAUGCCAACACGGGACAGCUGGCACGUGCCCACCUGCCCAGCCCAUUCUAUCGUGAUUUCUCACUCAUCUUCAACCUGAAGCCCACCUCGGACAGGGGCGGAGUUGUCUUCUCCGUCACAGACUCCUCACAGCAGAUCAUGUAUGUGGGUGUCAAGCUGUCAGCUGUACAGGGUGGCAAGCAGAAUGUCAUCCUCUACUACACGGAGCCUGACUCCCAGGAGUCGUACGAGGCGGCCAGGUUCCCUGUGCUAUCAAUGAGGGACACCUGGACUCGUUUCGCCAUUGCUGUGCAGGAUGAAAAGGUGACCUUCUACCUCAACUGUGACAUGGAACCCCAAGUGAAGCGCUUCGAGAGGUCACCGGAUGAGAUGGAGUUGGAGGCUGGUGCUGGUGUCUUUGUCGGCCAAGCUGGAGGGGCUGAUCCGGACAAGUUUCUGGGGGUCAUUGGAGAUCUGAGGGUGGUGGGAGACCCCCGUGCUGCUGAGAGGCACUGUGAGGAGGAUGAAGAUGACUCGGACAUGGCCUCAGGGGAAGGAAGUGGCUAUGAGGAAAGACGGACUUCAAAACCAGCCCUUGAGAAAGGCUCGUGGACGACGCCGCCGCCAUCUUCUCGGCCCAUUCAACAGCCGCCAGUGACCAGGAAAACUGAGCUGUCUGUAGAGAGAGAGACAGCGAGUGACUCCCGGCAGGUGUCAGUUUCGGUGGAGUCCAGGCCCGGGCUCCCCGGGUCACCAGGGUCAGGGGGAGCUAAAGGAGAAAAGGGUGACCGAGGGGACAGCGGAGAGAAGGGAGAUAGAGGACUCAUUGGGCCGAAGGGAGAAAUGGGCACCGGCCUUACCUCACGGGGAGGAACACGUGGAGAGAAGGGUGAACCAGGAGAAAAAGGAAGUAAGGGCAGCGCAGGGUUUGGUUACUCAGGAAAGAAGGGAGAGCCUGGACCCUCAGGGCCCCCAGGACCCCCUGGUCCUCCAGGGCCCACCGCUGAGCUGUUGCAGCACAGCGAUGGCUCAACGGUACAGAGCGUACCUGGACCCCGAGGACCGCCCGGACCCCAAGGUGCCCCAGGCCCCCAGGGGUCGCCAGGAGCCGAAGGAGAGCCAGGGGACCCUGGUGAAGAUGGAAAUUCAGGUGCUGUUGGGCCUCCAGGCUUCCCAGGAAUACCAGGUGACCCGGGUGCCAAAGGAGAGAAGGGUGACAGAGGAGAAGGCCAACCUGGCCUCAGGGGACCCCCAGGACCUCCUGGACCCCCAGGAACAGGAUCCAGAUCUACUUUUGUGGACAUGGAAGGCUCAGGAUUCCCUGACCUGGAGUCUCUAAGGGGAUUACCUGGGCUCCAAGGUCCCCCAGGUCCUCCUGGUCCUCCUGGUCCUUCUUCAGUGGGUACAGCAGUGAGCUCUGGAGCGUUCGGACCCCCAGGAAAGGAUGGGGCCCCCGGUCAGCUUGGCCUGCCUGGUCCACCAGGUGCUGCUGGCAUCCCGGGAGCCUCUGGUCCCAAGGGAGAGAAGGGUGAUUCAGGUGAGCUGGGUCUUCCAGGAGCAGUUGGAGAAAAGGGUGGUCUAGGAGAGCCAGGGUUACCAGGAGCACCAGGACAGACUGGUUUGGCCGGUCUGCCAGGACCAAUGGGACCAGUUGGACCAUCCGGACCCCCCGGCCCUCCAGGACCAAGUUAUCGUGUUGGUUUUGAUGACAUGGAGGGUUCUGGUGGAGUGUUCACCAAUGGAGUUCCUGGCAUCAGGGGACCUGAGGGAAGACAGGGUCUUGGUGGUGUGCCUGGACUUCCAGGUAAGGCUGGUUUGCCGGGCAUACCAGGCCAGAAGGGCAGUGAGGGGGCUCAAGGAAGAGAUGGGCGACCAGGGUUGGAUGGCCUCCCCGGACCACAGGGACGAAAGGGUGAGGCAGGUGAAAGAGGAGAGCGGGGUGAAUCAGGCCGAGAUGGAAAUGGACUCCCGGGACCACCCGGCCCACCGGGACCUCCAGGGCAGAUCAUUGGUGGCAGUUACGACAGCAUCCAGGGAAGCACUGGGCCUGAGGGCAGACCCGGUUUACCCGGUCAAGCUGGAUUCCCUGGCCCCAUUGGACCAAAGGGUGACAGAGGAGAACCAGGUCCCUCAGGGUACGGAGUAAAGGGUGAGAAGGGUGAACCAGGCUUGGUGAUUGGACCAGAUGGAAAUCCUCUGUAUAUUGGACAGCUAAGUGGUCAGAAGGGAGACAGAGGACCUCCAGGCCCCGUUGGACCUCCUGGUCAUUAUGGGCCUCCAGGGUUAAAGGGUGAAAUUGGCAUGCCUGGAAGACCUGGCCGUCCUGGUGUAAAUGGUUACAAGGGUGAGAAAGGAGAGCCAAACACUGGUGAAGGCUAUGGUUAUCCAGGACCCCCAGGUCUACCCGGUCCACCAGGACCCCCUGGGCCAGCUGUUUCUCUAAAUCGCUUCAAUCGCUAUGAUGAUAUCCCAAGAAAUCAUGCAGCAGUUAAAGGAGAAAAAGGUGAUCGUGGUGAGCGUGGACUUCCAGGAAUACCAGGGGCAGCCUCUAACAUUGACAUUUACACACUUAAGAAUGAACUGAAGGGAGAGCGUGGAGAUGCGGGUGUGAAAGGAGAGAAGGGAGAGCCAGGUGGUGGAUAUUAUGAUCCCCGCUUUGGAGGAGUGCAAGGUCCACCAGGGCCUCCUGGCAACCCAGGCCUGCCGGGUCCAAAGGGAGACUCCAUUAUUGGUCCUUCUGGACCUCAAGGACCACCAGGGGCACCUGGGAUUGGAUACGAUGGACGUCCAGGGCCACCUGGCCAACCUGGACCUCCCGGACCCCCGGGGUCCCCCUCACUGCCAGGGGCCUACAGACCCAAUCACCCCAUCAGCAUUCCUGGACCUCCGGGUCCCCCUGGCCCUCCUGGAGCCACUGGUCAUUCCUCUGGGGUGACAGUUCUGAGGUCUUAUGACACCAUGAUCGCGACUGCCAGACGCCAGGCAGAGGGCAGCCUCAUCUACAUCAUGGACAAAGCGGACCUCUAUUUAAGAGUGCGCGGUGGAGUCCGGCAAGUCAUGCUUGGAGAGUACAAUCCCUUCUACAGAGACCAGGACAAUGAGGUAGCAGAGGUUCAGCCUCCUCCGGUGAUUAUCUACACCCAGUCCCAAGAUCAGUCCCACAACAAUGGAGCUGGCCAUUACUCCCAGGGGGGCGCCGCCACUCACCCCAUUGAGCCCCCACCUUACCAACCUGUAGAAAUCCCAAGGAGGGAGCCGGUCAACCCUGAUCCCAGAUACCCGCCACAGUACAACCCCAGAUUCCAAGACCCAAGGUACACAGGUCAGACAGAUGGGCGAUUGAACCCCUCACAGCCUGAGAACCGCUACCCUGUCACUCCCCAGCGCCGACCCAACCUGCCCGAACCUCAGCCCGCAGGCCAUGUGCACGCAUCAGGGCCAGGACUUCAUCUCAUUGCCCUUAAUGCACCUCAAACUGGUAACAUGCGAGGAAUUCGCGGUGCAGACUUCCUGUGCUUCCAGCAGGCCCGUGCACUGGGUCUGAAGGGUACCUUCAGAGCUUUCCUGUCCUCCAAGCUUCAAGACCUCUACAGCAUCGUCCGCAAAUCAGACAGAGAUAGCCUCCCCAUUUUAAAUCUCAAGGAUCAAGUGUUGUUUAGCAGCUGGGAGUCGCUCUUCAGUGUAAGCGGAAGCAAAAUGAGGGAUAAUGCACCAAUCUACUCAUUUGAUGGUAGAGAUAUCCUCAGGGACAGUGCAUGGCCAGAGAAAAUGGUCUGGCAUGGUUCAAGUAGCAAGGGCCACCGGCAGACAGACAACUACUGUGAGACAUGGCGGGCAGGUGACCGAGCUGUGACGGGCCUGGCAUCACCGCUGCAGAGCGGCCAGCUCUUACAGCAAAGCCCCAGUAGCUGUUCCAGCUCCUACAUAGUCCUCUGUAUCGAAAACAGCUACAUCACACACUCCAAAAAAUAAAUCCUGUCCAUUCUAGUUUUGUUUUGUUGCCCCCCCCCCCACUUUUUGUCCUAGUGAGACAUGAUUCGAAAUUUCCAAGCAGGCGUGUGUAAUAAUUGCCCUGUGAUAAUAAUUUGCCCUGUCAAAGUGCGGCAUCCAAUGAACUGGGCCUGUGGCUCUUCGCCUGACAAAGACACUUCCCCGAUUUUCCGUAAACGCCAAAGAGAUGGGCCAAACAGACCAGAGGGCUGUUGGUCACUGUUCUCUGGGGCAUUGGCACAUAUUUUUCUCUAAGGAGUGGAACAAGAGAGGAGGAGAUAAAUGUGUUUUCAAAUUGUAUUCAUUUUUUUUUAUUCUGUAUAUUAUAUGUUUGUUG